AAUUUUUCCCCGAGUAACACUCCUCCGUCCUCACUCUAACAACGGUGUUACCGUUCCCCGAAGCUUUCACAGAUCCAAAUCUGAAUUCUCCCUCACUUUCUCGAGAAAAUUUCCCCUUUCGUUAGAGAAGCUGAAGCUUUGAUUGCCUACCCUGGCCUUUUCCAUGGCAAAUGCCUGGAAAAGAGAUAAACCCACGAGACUACUCUCCCCAAAGUUUCUCUUUUUACUCUUCUCUUCCACUCUCAUUCUCUUGUUCUUCUUCUUAUUCCUCACCUCUCGCCCCUCAAACCCUAACCCUAGCUUCAUCGCUCUCAACGCCCACCUCUCCUUCAAUGCAAUUUCCCCUUUCGAUUGCAUGAAAUCCCCACAGGCCCACCCUGUGAUUGCAAGCACCGUCGAAGGCGUUCGGUACCCCUUUCUCUUUUCGCUUUCGGAUUUCGGAACCUUACCCGACAAGCCACACAAGAACAUCGUUAGAAUCCUCAAAGGGAAACCUUUUCGCAAACCCGACAUCUCCGUCACCGUUCAGGAGGUUCUGGAGAAGGCCAAAAGCGAGGGAAGAGAUGGAUUUGUUGUGGAUGUUGGUGCCAAUGUGGGUAUGGCUACCUUCGCUGCCUCCGCUAUGGGGUUUCGGGUUUUGGCUUUCGAACCCGUUUUUGAGAAUUUGCAGAAAAUUUGUGAAGGGAUUUACUUCAAUCGAGUUGCGGAUUUGGUUACUCUCUUUGAGGCUGCAGCAUCAGAUCGCCUCGGUAACAUUACCUUCCACAAGUUGGUCGGCCGGCUGGACAACAGUGCUGUUUCAGCCACAGGUGCAAAGAUGGCAUUCAAGUCCAAUGAAGAGAUAGCUUUUCAAGUAAGAACUGUUCCUCUUGAUGAAGUGAUUCCAAAAUCAGAGCAAGUGCUUCUGCUUAAGAUAGAUGUUCAGGGCUGGGAAUAUCAUGUUCUUAAAGGAGCAUCAAAGUUACUAUCAAGGAAAGGAAGCCAAGCCCCAUAUCUCAUAUAUGAAGAAGACGAUCGUUUGUUACAGGCCAGUAAUACCACUGCAAAAGAGAUUCGAGACUUCCUCCGAAGUGUGGGGUAUAAUGAUUGCACCCAACAUGGUACAGAUGCACACUGCACCAAGAAGGAUCGAUCGUAAUUUUGGUUUUCAGUUUUGCAGCCCCUUCAUGGAAACCAAGCAUUGCUAGUUUCUGUGUACACUUUUUUCCAUUUGAUUAUCAACUAAUUCUUGAAUGGUGAACAACCUAAUGAAUUGAUGGUCGAUGCUGAUGGAAACGAAGGUGGCAACUGCACGGCCAACACAAGCUGCUUUAUUAACUUCGUGAUCACGUGAAAGUAUCCAUCAAAGUUGGAAAUGCAUAUCUUCCUUGACUCACAUUACGUUCGAUAUGAUCCUUGGGUAGAAUUGUUUGGGUUUAGGUUUUGUAUACGAGCCUUUAAUUGUAAGGAUUCGUUAUAUGUACUCAAAUUUCCAAUUAUUUUGAGACCUAUUCAUAAAAUAUUUGUGU